AUGCGAGGUGCGGAUUUCACUUCUCUUUGGGAACUUCCGCCAAUAUUUCAACUCGUUGGAUUCCGUCUUAUCGGUUGUCUGUUCUUGGUUAUCAAUGCACGACACAGGCAUGCUUUUAGAUUGGAUGAGCUUGGGAUGGAGAUCAUGAGGAUCGCCUUCCCUGCGGCACUUGCGCUGAUGGCUGAUCCCGUUGCAUCUCUAAUCGAUACUGCCUUCAUUGGUCACAUUGGUCCAGUGGAGCUUGCAGCUGUAGGCGUGUCUAUUGCAGUGUUCAAUCAAGUAUCAAGAAUUGCUAUCUUUCCUAUUGUCAGUGUCACGACAUCCUUUGUUGCCGAGGAAGAUGCCACCAGCAAAUUAGCAAGUGGAGAUCCUGAAAGUGGAGAAUGCCAGGGGUCUUUUUCUGAGGAUAGUGAAAUGAAAGAAUUGAUGCCUUGCACUGAUCAUGAUGAACAUGAGUAUACCUCGCCUUUCUCAUCGAAGAAAUCUGCUACUAUGACUGAAGUUGAGAACCGCAAACGGAUCCCAUCAGCCUCUUCAGCGUUAUUAGUUGGUAGUGUACUUGGUGUUCUCGAAACACUAUUUCUGAAUUUUGGAGCAAAACCCAUUUUGAUCUUUAUGGGUGUGAAACAUGAUUCCCCUAUGUUGACACCAGCAUGUGAGUACUUAACAUUGCGAGCUCUUGGCGCCCCUGCUGUUCUAUUGUCUUUGGCUAUGCAAGGAGUUUUUCGUGGAAUCAGGGACACAGAAACUCCUCUUUAUGCCACUGUGGCUGGAGAUGCAGCCAAUAUAAUCUUGGAUCCAAUAUUCAUAUUCUUGUUUCGAUUAGGCGUUAGUGGUGCCGCGAUUGCUCAUGUUAUUUCUCAAUACUUAAUUGCAUUAAUGCUUUUGUGGAAAUUACUGAGACAAGUCGAUGUCUUGCCUCCCAGUAUCAAAAAUCUGCAGUUUGGUCGGUUCCUAAGAGAUGGUCUUCUAUUGCUUGUACGGGUUAUCGCUGUGACGUUCUGUGUGACACUAGCAGCAUCGAUGGCUGCACGGCAGGGAUCAGUCCCUAUGGCUGCAUUCCAGAUAUGUUUGCAGAUUUGGUUGGCGACUUCUCUUCUUGCUGAUGGCCUGGCGGUUGCUGGACAGGCAAUACUUGCGAGUGCAUUUGCCAGAAAGGAUCAUUCUGGGGCAACAUCUGCUGCUUCACGUGUUCUUCAAUGGGGUAUGGUUCUGGGGCUGUUGCUGUGCUUCAUACUCGGAAUUGGCUUACAGUUUGCAUCGAAAUUGUUCACCAAGGAUGCCAAAGUGCUACAACUUGUUCACGUUGGAAUCCCGUUUGUGGCGCUUACUCAACCGAUGAAUGCCUUAGCCUUUGUAUUCGACGGCAUCAACUAUGGAGCAUCAGAUUUUGCAUACGCUGCGUAUUCCAUGGUCCUGGUGGCAAUAGUCAGCAUUGUAUUUUUGAUCAUCCUAUCCUCUAGUCAUGGUUUCGUCGGUAUCUGGAUAGCUCUAACGAUCUACAUGAGUUUGCGGAUGUUGGCAGGUUUCUGGAGAAUAGGGACAGGUACAGGACCAUGGACCUUCCUUUGGAGUUGAUCAGGCUUUCAAUUCCUUUUUCUCUUGACAAAAGAGGGUGGAACACUGAUUCAACAAUUUAAGGUGCAAUGUUUUUGUUGAUCAAAGGGAAAUACUACUCGAAUGGAGCUCUCAUUACUCAAGUAGCAAUUCCUUUUGUUUACCUUACAUUGCACAUGGACUGACGUUGUGCCCCCCAAAAAAUUGUAGCUCAGAUCAAGAUAGCUUACUCUUUUUUGUAUAAUUAAUGAGUUGUAUUAUAGAUCUGUAAUGUACCAAAUAAUGAGACCUGAAAUUCCAGCUAUUUCACUA